AUGCCUGCUGUCGUCGACGCUUCCGUCGUGCCAGGUCCCAUUACGCGAGAGAUGCUCUUCCAACUCAUGGUUCUGGCGCGCGACACAUCUUUCCCGGAUGCCCAAAUUCGCGCCAUCUGCGACACUGUCACCCAGGAAAAUGCCAACGACUCCAUCGAACUGUUACGUCGUCUUCAAGCUAGUCAGGAGACUUCUCUGGUUCUUGCUUCCGCUGUAGCUCCCAUGAAGUUGGCUGCCACACCCCGAAGCAAGCCUCAGCUCCCUCAGACGUCUACAGAGCCUGGCGCAGUCUUGUGUGCCGACACGUUCUACAGACUGUGCAAAGACGACCGCACCAAGUUGCAGCGCCUCGGCACGUUCUGUCCCUUCACCCUGGCUUUUCGCAAGUGUCCUCAUGGUCUCCGGUGCAGACGACCAGCUUCUUGCAACUUCUCUCAUGAGGUGACUCCUACGUGUGACUCGGUCUAUGAUGGAACUCGCUGUUCAAGAACUCGAAGACUCGUGAAUGACAACAAGAGGAGAGCGUGUCCACGCAACCACGACUACAAGACGCGCUUGUUUAUGGGCGCUAUGCGUGUACCUCACGAGCUGGGUUUUUAUGGUGUUGACUAUGACCAUGCUGGCCUCAGCGCCACUCCACCCAGCGAGCGAGAUAAUACUGCUGGAGCCUCUUGGAUGGCGCCUAGCACCACUCCUCCCACCGCGAUCGGCGAUGCCGUCGGCGCCUCUUGGAUGACAGCUAAUGUGGAGGAGAAUAACAGUGAGCACGAAGAGCCGUUCACUGUCGCCGAAGCUGAGGAGAACGACAUUUCUGGAGAGGUCCCUGAGAAGAGUGCCACGCUUGAUGCUGUCCCUGACCCCGACUUGAUCUUGUUUACCUAA